AACUUUGAAGCUGUCACCCAAUUGUCAUGCAUUAAACAAUCAAUGGAUUUAACACCCAAUCACUGUCCAUGGGUUCCGGUCAUUCAAAAAAGAAGUCCAAAGAUGUAGAGACAGCGCCUCAGACCAUCGACAAAGAAGCACAGACCCAAGAGGACGACUUCCCUAAUUCAGAUAAAAAUAUGUUCGUAGUCUGUCCAGAGAAGUACAAAAGUCUACUUAAGUUCGUCUCAAAUCGAUGUAAUUGUAAAUAUUGUUAUGGUCACUCUGGAGGUAAGGAAAAUGAGGAAGAUGAUGAGGAUGCGGAUGAUGAUAAACAAAUAGCAAAACGUGAACCGAAAAAAGCCAAACGAACCAGACCAAGAGCAGAAAUUUAUAGAAUGAAAGGAUCUACGGUUAAGUGGAGGAUAUUUUUGGAAAACGACAUGGAAGAUAAUCAUGUUGUUGUUAAUCACGAAGGAUUCGAUGGAUCAGAUAUUGAUGUAGCAACUAUUGGAAAAAUGUCCGAAUCAGAUUAUGCGACGAUCCAAUCUGGAAGAAAUAGUAGGAGGAGUACUUAAACAUAUUAUUGACGUACAAGUGAACCCAUGAAAAAAUAAAUGUUUAUACGUUUUAA